UUCGAGAUGAGUCGCCCGCGUUCCAUCCCACAGACCGAUCGAUGUACUACGUAAGAAAAUUCUGUCACUCGAUUCAGUUGAUUAAACAUCCCUUCCUCAAACACUUAUCUACCUACCUGCCUACCCGGCCUACCUGCCUAUCUGCCGGUCUACUUUUACUUACCUUACCCACUGACGGGUACCCGACCAACCCAGGCAUAAGUAGGCAGGGACCUAGUGCAGCCGUCCGUUGCAUUUUCGGCUCACCUCCAUAGACUCAGGCAGCUUGAAGUUCCUUGAACAAGAAAUGAGGGGAAGGGACGAGCCCAACAUCAAUUCAUGGAAUGAUGAUCUGAUGGCAUGAUCUUGGUCGACGAAAGUGUUCAACUUGUCGACUGGUACAUCAAUGUCAUCCACUCAGCCGGUAUCCCAUCAUGAUGGGCCCAACUUGUCGCGGCAGAGAUUGGAUGACGACAUGGCCGCUGGAAACAUGAGGCCAAGCAUCGAAAUCCCCGUGGCGCCGUCCAUCACCGCCUCCACCACGCGGUCAGGUUUCAGCAGUUCCAUCGGCAGUGAUGGUGGUCCGGCGACGAACACGACCAGUAGGGCAACCGCCGCAUCUACUGCUGCCGUGAUACCAAAGAUCAAGCAGCCGUCAUGGCUCAAGAAAAUCAUGACAAAGCUGGGGCUAGAUGUGCAGACCUUGAAGCUCAUGUUCAAAGCCUCACUUCCGCCCGUCAUAGCCACGGCCAUGAUUCUAUCCCCAGCGGUAUCAUCCUACUUCACCACGAUAGGCUACGAAGUUGCUGUUGUCAGCGUCCUCGCCCUCGCGAUUCUUCCCCGCGGCAAAUUCCUCCAGACCCUGAUGCUCAACAUGGCCGCCGUCUUCCUCGGUGGCGGUCUGAGCAUGCUGGUCCUCUGGUGCGGCAUCCAGGCCCGUCUGCACACCAUGGCCGACCCCCUGACCCCGAUCAACCCCCCGCCCUCCGACGAUCCCGCACCGUCCAUGUCCAGGACUCGCCCGACCAGGCUGCCGUACAGCAGCUCGCAGUCGGCCGUCUGCGGCGUCCUGCUCUUCUUCAACACUUGGCUCAUCAACAUUGCCCGCGCCAAGAUCCCGUCCUUCAACACCCCGGCCAUCCUCUUCUCGAUCCUCAUCAACGUUGCCGCCAUGCAGGGCCCACUGAUCGGCGACACGUACCAGGCCUGGCUGCUGGUCGAGCGCCUGGCGGCCGCCAUGUUGACGGCCCUGGCCCUGGGAACCUGCGUCUCGCUCUUCGUGUUCCCCGUCACCAGCCGCGGCGGGGUGCUGAAGCAGUUUGGUGGUGGAGUCGGGCUGCUGAGGAAGGCGGUGCGGCUCCAGGGCGAGUACCUACAGGGGCUCGAGGGGGAGGACAUGUUUGCGCUGCGGCUGGUGGAGACCAGUGUUGCGGGCGGCGGGGGAGGGCACAAGGUCCAGGCGGACAAGGACAAGAAGAAGAAAAAGAGAGACAAACUCAAGGACGAUGAGUUUGACGACGAUGACAGGCCACUCACCAAGGAGGAGGAGACGGCGUUGGAGCUGAAGCGGACCAUUGUCGAGCUCCGGAAUCUGGUGGGAAAGGUCCAGGGCGAUAUGGGCUUUGCGAAGCGUGAGGUCGCAUGGGGAAAGCUGGAUGCGCACAACCUUGGAGAAAUUUACAAGCUAUUCCGAGCCAUGUUCAUCCCGAUCAUGGGCAUGGCGACCGUGAUGGACAUAUUCAGGCGAACGGCCAAGGAGCGUGGCUGGACGGCCGACGAGAUGGAGGAUGCGUCCGCCGAACUGCUGUCCGAGAAGAACGAAGAGAGAAAGGUGUGGAACGGACUGAUGAAGCGCCUACACGAACCGUUUGCGAUUCUAUCCGAGGCUAUCGACGAAGGAUUGGAGCAUGCGGCAGUGCAACUUGGGAUACUGCCAAAGCCCAAGGACUGGGGCCGGGCGAAAAUGGAGAGGCUGCACGCCGUGGUCACCGGUUCGUCUGGGAGAUCACAGAAACUAUGUGACCCCGACGUCGAGGCGCAGAGACAACGCAGGCCUAGUCUUCCUGGAGAGUCGGGCUUUGGGCGGGUUCUCGAGGACAAGAUCCAGAGAUUUUACAGCUGCAAGGGAGAGACCUUGCGAUACUGGGCGAACGAGAAUGGGUUGUCGUAUGAGCAGGCUAGGGAUGGCAAGACUUGGGAUCUUGGGAGUCCCGCCACGAGGGAGCGGAGGCAGAAUCAGCUUUACAUCCUGCUAUACAUGGAGCAGCUGAUGCUUGCCACAGGCGAGGCAGUACACGACUUUGUGCAGUUUGCCGACGCCCGCGUGGCAGACGGCACAAUGUCGUCCUCCCGGCUCCUCUACCCGGGUCUCCGCAGCACGCGCAAGUGGAUUUCCGGCAUCUUCAACUACGGCCCGGACUCGGGCAGCGGCGAGCAGCCGACAACCACCAACGUCAUGGAUCGCAGCGCGUCAAAGAGCGUCACCGUCCACCUCGGCGAGGGCUACAGCCGCACCAAGAGGGAUCCGGAGCACCUCCCGCCCACCACAGCCAUUGAACGCAUGGGCGAUCGCGUCAGGGCAUUCGGCAACCUGCUGUCGUCCGACGCCAGCACCUAUGGGUUGCGAGUUUCGUGUGCCACCAUGACCAUUGCGAUUGUAGGACUGCUGGAGCGUACCCAGUGGUUCUUUCAGGAACAGAGGCUUGUGUGGGCCAUGAUUAUUGUUGCUAUGAGCAUGACGCAGACAUCGGGCCAAUCCAUAUUUGGCUUCCUCUGCCGCAUCAUUGGCAGCCUUGUCGCCAUGGCCAGCUCCCUAAUAGCAUGGUACAUGGCCAAGGAGAAAACACCUGGAGUUCUUGUCCUGAUGUGGCUAUUUAUAUUUAUCGACUAUUACUUUUUUAUCAAAUACCCGCAGAUCAUUCCUGCGGUCAUCGUCUGCAUCAUCUCGCAGGUGCUCAUCAUUGGAUACGAAUUCCAGGUUCAGGUCAUUGGUUUGGAAGUUAGCGAGAGGAUGGGCCAGCCAUACUAUCCGACGUACCUGAUAGCACCGUACCGCGUUGCCACAGUUGCCGCCGGCUGCCUAGUCGCCUUCUUCUGGACCAUCUUCCCCUCACCCUUCACAGACCGCACCUGGCUGCGCCGAGACCUCAGCGCAACACUAUACCUACUGGCAAACUACUUUAGCGCCAUAUCGCAGACCGUCAGGUUGCAGCUAGCCGAGGAGGACGAGGUCGUCAAGACGCACGCGGGGCCCCACAGCGACAAGCAGACGCCGGCGCACCACCUCGCCCGCGUCCGGCACAAGAUCUUUGGCAAGCUGAUGAUCCUCCUCCCCAGCCUGGGGACGCACGCGCAGUGGCAGCGGUGGGAGCCAUCCAUCGGCGGGCGAUUCCCCGAGGAGGUCUACGAGGAGAUCAUACUGCGGUCCAGCAGGAUCCUCAACUACCUGACGCUCAUGUCGUACACGGCGACGCGGUCGCCUCACACCUUUACCACACAGGAGGACCGCGACGACGAGGUGGACGCCGAGUGGACCCGCACGCUGCGCAGGCUCCUGGACGAGGUGCAGCCGACGCACUACAGCAUCGUCUCGACGCUCGCCCUGCUCUCCAACUCGCUGCUGUCGGGCCAGGCCUUGCCGCCGUUUGUGCACAUGCCGCCGCUGUACGGGGCGGGGACGCCGUCGGACGGGCCGCAGAGUAGGCACAAUAGUUUUGGUGGGUAUCUGCACCACCGGCCGCCACCCUUGGCCACGGCUGCGGCGGCGGUGGCAGCAGCGGCAGGGGGAGAAUACGACAAGCACUGUGACUGCCACAACCUGUCGGAUUUGUUGGAUCCCAAGAACGUCAACCGAAAGGGCUACACCGAGUACAGCGUCAUGCAGGUCUGCAGCAGCCUGGUCAGGGAUGACCUGCAGGGGCUAGUGCGGGCCGUGGAGGGACUGGUUGGCGUCGUAGACUUUAGUUUCCGGAUCGAUGGCUUGAGUGACGGCGGUCCCGGGACUGCCAGCGCAAAGAAGGGCGUCGACGGAAACGGCAGCGGGUCGGACCGCUCGGGAAGCGAUACUAGCGAUGAGGGUGACAGCCUGAGGCAGCGCCGGACCUAUACGAAUACGUUGACGCGGGAGGGUACCGGAGGUCCAAUGGCGCCUUAGUCAGUGCAUAUUGGCAUUUUGCUUCAGGUCACAAGCCUGAUGAUCUUGUUGUUGGAGCAAUACUUGGUCAUGCGAUUGAAGGAUCUAUUAGAUCAGAUCUGACGUGGGAGUGUGUUGCAGCCGUCGGCGAUCUUAUGCCGAGAUGGCAGUAUAUACUCGAGAUUAUACCCAUUGGAAUUAAAAAAAGAUAGGCAGGAUUUCAUGAAACUGUGUCUCAUACCAGUAUGCUGCUGGUUAUAUCUUAUUAUAGAACAGUUAUAUCAGAUGCAAAUAUAAUAACACAAUCUAAUAGGCA